AGUGGGUGUUCUUAUUGGUUGUUUUGCAAGCUUUCACAUGUGUGGGUUUGAGAAAUUGGACGUCAGAGCAAGUUAAAGGAUAAUAUAUAAUAUGCAACAGUUUCGUCACACGACAUAAAUUAGACAUUUAUAUACGUACGCUAAGUAGUUAAAAGUCUGUGAACGAAAUGUAACCCCCCCCCCCUUCUCGCGAGUGACGUCACUGUAACGCAUGUUCUUUGUUUCGCAGGGUAACAUAGGGAAUUAUGAGAAAUAUUUCGUCAAAUUGUUGUUUUUACGAACCUGUCUGCCGAGCCUGUAAGACAAAACUCAGGUUAAAGGUGAACAUGUACGGGUUAAAAUUGGCGGAUGUAGUCUGUAAGUCACAACUCGGGGUUUAAGUGAUUACACGGUGUCGCUACAUUGUUAGCGUUCCGACUCAGUUCUCGUAUUUUGGCGAAACAGUAUUCGCUGGUAUUGUACGUAGACAAUGGCGAACCUUACUUAUUUGUCGUUGCCGCAUUGGGACGGAGGCUCGAGGAAAAUUCGUUACAUUUAUUUGGUUAACGAGUCGAAUUUUAUACUCACAGAGGAUCCCAAAAAGGGUUCACUUGCAUCGGUUCCGCUCUUUCUUGGUGCUGACCUCUUGGCCCACACGGACAUCCGUGCCGAGAACCAUCCCAGGUAUCACGCCAAGUUCGCCAGGAAAGGCCUGGCCACCAAAAUCCACUUCUCUGCAGGCUUACGGUUCCGCGGGUUGAAGGUGGCGCCAUCCAACAACGGCUUGUGGUUCUACACCAUUCACGGGCUUUUCCGCGUGGCCUUUGAGAUAUACGCCAAGCGAGAGCAGCUGGCAGUGCUCAACAACUUCCAGGAUCUGUGGAAAUCUCAGAUGAACGACAGCCCAUUGAAGACCAGUUACAGCCUAAGUGCGCAGUUGGACCGAUCGGACACCGGGAGUGAAGUGCUUGAUGACCAAUCACCGGAGCAGCUGGAGAACAGAAGCAGAGACAUGUCAUCAGAUCACUGUUAUUCCACGCAGCAGCGCUCUAAAACCUUAUCCACACUUGAGAAUAAGCUCCAGAGCCUAAGUGACAAACUAGCCACCAAAAACUUCACGGAGCAGCAUCUAGAGCCAGCCCUGCUCCACCUGGAGCACGCUGAGCGCUGCCUGGGCGGUACAGUGGAGGAGCGGGACGCAGCGGAGAUGGCGCUCGCCAGGUGGCUGGGCUCCCGGUUUGCCGUGGCCCACACCGAUAUCAGCCGGCGAGUGGAGGCCUUCAAGGAGCGCCACAUCCAGAGGAUCGGAGAGCUGCCGCCAGCCGAGGAGCUGGCCGCACAGCUUUUCCCGGACUCCAUGAGGACGCUGCUGCUGAACUGGAUGGGGCUGAGUCGGGACGAGGACCAGGCCAAGAGGCAAAGCGAGUACCCCAUCCUGCUUCUCAUCCUGGAGUUCGCCAAUCACAACCUCAUCACUGGGGUGGCACAUGUUCUCUACUCCACUCUCAUCUGCAAAUAGAUUCCCUAGUAGGACUGAAAAGGGGUGGAAAAUGUCCAGUAAAUGUUUCGAUAUUUUUUGGUACAUUUCAGUGCGAUUUAAGGCAAUAUUCUAAAUUUGAAACUUUCCAUGGGAAUCAACAAGCUUCUGUCCAUCAUGGACAAUCCACAGCAUCCACUGCACAGCACCAUCUCUAGCCAGAGGAGCAGCUUCAGUGACAAGACUGCUGUCACUACCCUUCUCCACUGACUGACUGGGGAAAUCUCUUUCCGCGCCCCAUGACAUGUGGCUUCCACCCUGGAGGGAAAAGCCAUUGUCCCAUGAUGUAACAAGACAAGCCGGGAGACAUACUCUCUCCAGCAUGUCCUGGGUCAUCCCCACACCCUCCUUUCAGUGGGAUGUGCCCGGAAUACUUCGAGGCAUCCUAACUGGAUGCCCGAGCCACCUCAUCUGGUUCCUCUCGAUGCAGAGGAACAGUGGCUCAACUCUGAGCCCCUUUCAGAUGAUCAAGCUUCUCAGCCUUGCUGUAUAUUAUUAUUGUAUUUUUAAAAAACUUGACUUUUAUCAAUGAUAUAUAUAUAUAUAUUUUACAUACUAUGAAAAUUUUUAUAGCUUCAAUAUUACCAUUUCAGCAUUCCUGCAUUGCUGUUUUUUGUUUUCAUUAUGGAGACUACUGGAAGAGUGAAUUUCCCUUGUGGAUGAAGUAUCCAACUGGGAAUUGAGGAUAAGGUAUCAUAUAAAAGCAUAAAUAUAAACAUUGUUUUAACUGUCAUCAAGUGUCAUUUAUUUUUGUUUGUUGAAACAUUUUUGUCAUUUUAUUAAAAAAUCAAAGUAUUUUUGGUAGAACUAUUCUUGUGGGUUAUGAAUGCUAGAAGGGGGAAAUGUUUAGUCUGCACACACCUACUGAAGGUAGAAGUCAUCAUUCAGAAAGGUAGAGAUACAGCAGAUGGUUUUUAAUAUUUUCUUGAGCUAUUUUGUUACCAAAGAUUUUUGGAGUCAUUCCCUGUUGAUGUGCAGCUAGCAAAGUAUGUCCUUGUUUAUUGAUCAUUGUUUAUUGUGACGGCUGAAGGCAUAAAUAAACUAAAUUCAUCAGUGACAGAA